AUGUCCCGCUUCCUCGCCGAUUUUCUCCACGAACGUGCCGAAGACAUCCUAUCGCGCGAUCCUCAAGUCAGAUUUCACCUCUACCUUUACGAGUGGGAGAGCUACAACAAGAUGGCUGCGAAUGUUGGAUUUGUCCUAAGCCACAUGAACGAGCAAUGGGCAGAACGGCAAAUCCGAGCAGGGAUUCGGUGGUUUCCUGUCAUUCACACUUUUUACUGUUUGCAGUGGCAUGACCAUUUGUGGACCAAGGUCCGCGACAGUGUUGUAAUGAACGCUGAGCAGGUAAUCCACAAGGAUAACGAUGGUCCAGUCAAGUUUGACAAUAUUGUGAAGGGUUUUCCAUCUAUGAAGGUUGACGGGAAAUGGACCAAGGUCAAUCAAGUAAAUCUUCUUGAGAUUCUCGAGGCGCCUUUCACUUCGCCAAUCAAUUUGCAUAAUGCCAGGGUUGACCACUAUAUUGAUCAGAAGAAUUUGACUAGAAUCGCUGGGGAGCUCAGGUAG